AAAAAUUCAUCAAUCACUAAGAAAUAUUUUGUGGAGUCAGUAUGAUUAACAGAGAGACGAACUCGAAAAAUUUUUCCACAGCCCACACUACUUAUCGAAACUCAGCAAUUUUGUAUGGAAGCGAUCUGCUUCGGUCAAAAGUUGCGUCAAGACUGGCGUCUCUCUACAAUAAGAAAAAGAUCAAUAUAAAAACAAUUAUUGCAACUAUGCUACAAUCGACAUUCGUAUUUUUCAAAGCUUUCAAUAUUAAACGCCAGUUAUUAAGGUUGCAACGUCUAUUUUUUUCUUGGAUAUACGCUUAACGACAACGUAGUUUUCUCCGUAUCUUCCAAACGUUGUUUUUAAUUAGUCUCUGAACUAUACAUUCUUGAUUACCAUACUUUCCUUCCACGCUCGAAAAAAUGAUCGCAGAAAGGUUGGAAUAUGUCAAAUUUCAAACUGUCAUCAAACGACUGCUCUUCAUUGUCGGUUUGUGGACAAAAGAUGACUCGAGUUUAUUUUUCCGAUCACUGAUUCAUAUUUAUGUGUCUCUCUUUAUUGUUCCAACAAUCGGCGUGAUUAAUUUUUUCAUUACCAAUAUAACGAACAUUAAUCUCGCUACCAGAAGUUUGAGUACACUUCUGGGCUUCUCGACAGUAAUAAUAAAAGGAAUGUGUAUUAUAAUAAAUCGCCGCGAAGUCGACGAGCUGCAUACAAUUUUGGAGCCAUAUUUUAACGAAUUGUUGAAAACUCCUGAAAUGUCAACGCAGGUUUUGAACAAAAUCUCUACUUUCAGACGACUGCCGACAAUAAUUAUGACAAUAGUCAUCACCGGCUGUAUUUCUUAUGCGAUUGUUCCGAUAAUUUCGAUCAUACAACAGUAUCGUCAAAAAACUUAUCCGAUCACUUACAAUCUCAUUUAUCAAACUGUGUAUCCGUGGGAGGUUCCGAAAAAUUCAGUGAUCCACUUUAUCCACUUUAUCGACGAAUAUUUACUGACUGUUGCCAUUGUUCUAAUCACAUCUGCGGUGGACAGUUUGUACACGUAUUACAUGUUCCAAAUGAUCGGUAUUUUGCGAGAAAUAUCGUAUCGUAUUUCAAUGUUCGAUGAGAAAAAUUGUGAGUUUGAAAUACGCGAAUGCGUUAAUAAAUAUGAAAUUCUGGUACGAUGUACGAAAAAAAUACAAAAAGUGUAUGGAGUGAUCAUUUUAUGGACCAUGAAUGUCAAUGCGAUCGUACUUUGCACUGUUAUUUACCAACUUUCAAAUGCCAAAUCAAUACCGUUUUUUACGAUGCUCCUCUGCGUGGCGUAUACUGGCUUGAAAUUAACUCAAGUUUUUAUAUACGCCUGGUCUGGAACUCUUCUUACAAUCGAGAGUGAAAAAUUUCGAGAAGCCAUUUACGCAUCACGGUGGCUCGGUAAUACCCGAUUAAAGUCUUCAAUAAUAAUAAUGCUUUCCCAAAAGCCCCUCAUUUUAACUGCGUGUAAUUUGUUGUAUGUCACAAUAGACAUGUUCGUAAAAGUUGGAAACACGACUAUAUCUUAUUAUUUAUUAUUGAAAACAUUCGAGCAAGGAGAUUAAAUAUAGUCACAUCGUUAUUUUCACUCAUAACCAAAAACUAGUUAUAAAUAUUCAUAACUGCUGAGUAAAAAAAAUAAAAUUUUUUCAUUGAGAA